UUGCACCUUUUGGUGCAAGCGCUAGUCUUUGAUUGCUCGGUAAAUGUAAAUAUUUUUCUGUAGACUGGCACUGUUCGCCUGUAUUUCUCUCGCGCCAGUUCGGUACGAGGUGAAUAUAUAUAAGCGCUUCGCAUCAGCACGCUUGAUUUUCCAAAAGAUUUCAUGGCACCGAAUUGUUGACGAUUAACCGUGAAAGAAAAAAUAACUGUCUGAGCGAGAAGAUUAGAGAGGCAGCAGCGCAAAAACAAAAGGCAGAUGUAUCUGAAGAAACCCCCUUGGGCUGAGGAACUCCUCUCUUCCUCUUCCUCCCCUUCAUCUUCAUCCUCAUCCUCAUCCUCAUCUGCUUCUUCGCUGUCUUCUUCGUCUUCAUCAUCAGCUGCAUUGGUAGUAGAUUUGGUGAAAUCGCUGAACAAAGAGAGGCUGUAUAGAGAGUUCACCCUUACUCUUACAACUGCCCUGCGCAAUGCGAGUGCAGAAUUCUCGUUUGUGAGAUCGAAGGGUCUCUCCACGCUGUUAAAAUUUGCCUCCUCACUUUCUGAAUCAGAUUAUAUGGUCGAGCUAUUCCAGGAGACUCAGACUCUCGCACACCUUCAAGUGGUCCCUGUUUUGUUUGCAAAUUCACUUGCCCCUUCAGACAGUUACUCAGUGCAGACUUUGGAUCAUAACUCUGAUGAUGAUUCCACAAAAGUUACAAGUCCUCCUACAGAUAAUGAGGUGACCCUGGCUCUUUGCGUAUUAGAAGGCUGUUGUCUUCUUGACAGGGGUAGCAGGACUUUGGCACAUCAACACAUGGCCAUAAAGAAAUUAAUUGGGUUGCUCUCUUCUGGUGGCAUAAAUCAACAAGCUGCUUGUUUGGAUGCUUUUGCAGCUUUAAUGCUGGACUCACCUGAGAACCAGAAAGAGUUUGAACGCUCUCAUGGAGUUAGACAAAUUGCACAGCUGGCUAAAACACGUAACAUUGAUGAAAAAGUGAGGAUUAAAUCUGCCGAGUUCUUGUUAUUACUUGUAGGAAAUUUGCUUCCUUCAACUAAGUUUACACACAGUUUAGAGUACGAAGAGGAAAGAGAGGAGGGCUUGAAAAUGGAGAGUCUGCAAGAUGAUAUUUUGGAAGUUCUUGGAGAAGAAAUUGCAUCUCUGUUAUGGGCAGUGGGUCAACUAGGGUCAUUUGACUCACAGAAAAAACAACCUUCAUUACAAUUUCAGGCUCAACAUUUGGUGGACAGUUUGGAUUCACAACUUUGGUGAAGGUACAAUUGAAUAUUCUAAAAGACACUUUGAUUCGUUAUUUUUAGAAAUAGCUAUUCAGGCCAGGUAGGAAGCAAGUAUAUGUUAUAAAGCAAAGACAAGCAUGCAACAUUUUUAUGUACUCCCCAAAGAAGAUCUUUUUUAUGAGACAUAAUGCUCAACUGGGAAGCUAUAGAAAGGGGCUGCAAUUUCAGCUUUCUGGCUUCUUAGCUAGUGUGCUUUUAUCCAUAAACUUGUUUAAGCUGUCACUGCUUGUGUGAAAAAAAAUGGUAUAUUGCUUCAACUUUGCUAA